AAGGCCAUUUUUGUAGGAGUAGAACAUUGACGAAUCAUCAAAAUGUUGAGGAAUUUCAUAAUUCUUGUGGCCUUGUUCUCGACAACUUACUGUUAUAAAACCUAUGAUGGAUACAAUAUUCUACGGGUGAACAUAAACUCUGCUGAUGACCACCAGAACAUCCUAUCUCUUGAAUCAGAAGAUGUGCUGGAGAUAUUCUCUGAAGGUAGAUCUGGACACUCGGACGUUCUGAUAUCUUCCCAGAAUUUUCCAAGAUGCCAAACAUAUUUCCAGUCACAUGAGUUGACAUAUUCUGUGGUAUCGGACGCGGAAGAUGUUGGGGCAGAAAUAAGGAAGGAACGACAAGGACUCAUGCUGGCACCUCAAAUUGCACAGGGAGAAUUCUCUUACGACACCUACCAUCGACUCAACAUUAUUUACGAGCAUCUUGAUGCCUUGGCAGUAACUCACAGCUCCAAUGCCGAGACCUUUAACCUACCCGGCGAGACGUUCGAGGGAAGGAAGAUUCAAGCAAUCCGGAUCACAACAAACGUCACUUCAGAGGCAUCUAAAGAGAAGCCCUUAAUAUGGUUGGAUGGAGGAAUACAUGCCAGAGAGUGGGUAUCACCAGCCACUGUCAUGUACAUCAUCGACUCUCUGCUCGGAGAACAAGAAAAGGACAAAUCAACAUAGAUGACAGCCCUUCUGGACGAAUACCAGUUUAUCAUCGCCCCUUCAAUCAACCCUGAUGGUUAUGAAUACUCCCACUCAACAGACCGACUCUGGAGAAAGACUCGAAAACCGUCAGGAUGUAAGAGUAACAUGCACAGUUGGUUUGGAGGAUGCCUCUUCUGGAAGUGCUAUGGAGUGGACCCCAACAGGAAUUGGAGUACUGACUGGGGUAGAGUAGGAGUUAGCACAGAUCCCUGCAGUGAAGUCUAUCCUGGAAAUAAAGCGUUCGACCAGAAAAACACAAGAAUGGUGAGGGAUUACUUGGAAUCAAACAAGAAUAAGCUGAAGCUCUACUCUCAACUGUUCCUCAUCCCUCUAGGAUAUUCCUCAGAUAUUCUCCCCAAGGACCAUGAGCACCAUAUUAAAGUAGGGAAUGCAGUUGUUAAGGCUAUUGCUGGUCGCCAUGGUGUUAAGUACGAACCAAUGCGCGCGUCUGAGUUGUAUCCAGCUAGUGGAGAUAGUCCAGACUGGGUUCACGACGUGCUGGGUCUUACUGAUUCCUACACAUUUGAGUCGAGACCAGACGAGAACUCCAUGUUCGGAUUCGAGCUUCCUGAGGAGCAGAUUCUACCGACGGGAGAGGAGAAUGUGGACGGUUUACUAGCUCUCAUUGCCAACAUAAAGUACAACGAUAAAGUUGAGUAAAUCCUAAUACAGAACGUGAAAUUCUUCCAA